GGCAGCAGGAGCGGCCUCUGAGAUGCGGAACGACGCCAGCGAGUUCGUGGACCUCUCUGCCAGCAACCGCAUCAUCGGCGCCAAGGACCACGCGUCCAUCCAGAUGAACGUGGCCGAGGUGGACAAGGUCACCGGCAGGUUUAACGGCCACUUCAAGACCUAUGCCAUCUGCGGGGCCAUUUGCAGGAUGGGGGAAUCCGACAACUCCGUUCUCGGGCUGGCCAAGGCUGACUGCAUCGUCUCCAAGAAUUUCUGAGGGAGGUGACCCUGG